AUGGACAAAUUUUUGAAACCAGACAAGUUUGAUGGUGAUCCGAAUUCUCCAACAGCUCUACAAGAAUGGAACUUCUGGCUAAAGACUUUUGAGAAUUUCAUCGCAUCUUUUGACGAAGAAGACAUCGAUGAUGAAAAUAAAGCUAAACGGCUUCUAACAGCAAAGACCUUUCCUUUGACUUCUGAAGCUAUAGCUGACUUCAAUCAACUCAAAACUGAGAUUUCUAAGGCAGUAGUUAGUACAAUUGACGACUUUGAACCUUUUGUGGUUGAAACAGAUGCAUCUGAUUUUUCAAUUUCAGCUGUCCUAUCACAGUGUGGACGUCCAGUAGCAUUCUUUUCUCAGAAGCUGGAUGAUAGUGAGCGUAAACAUUCAUCCUUUGAAAAAGAGGCUUUUGCUAUUGUGUGCUCUUAA